UUCAUUUUCUAUUAACAGGCAGCACCUUGGAUACCACGGAGUCUACUUGGUAUUUCGGAUUUAAAAAGCUUGGGACUGGGAGGGGAAGUGGGAAAAACCGAUAAAUUGUAUUCUUGCCAAUGGGCACAUUGUUAAAUAAAAAAAAGCAUUUCAAAGCACCAAAAAGUAUUCUCUUUUUAUUUCUUUUUCUCUCUCUCGCUAGUUUGCAAAGCGUUUUGCAUCCACCAAUGGGCUUUCAGGCUACAGAUAUUGGGAUGUAAAUGAGCGCAGCGCGUGCUGGCGCAGUGAAAGCGACGGAUUGUUUAUUGAGCCCCGUGCAGCCACGCGCCUGGCCGCCGAGCCACAGCUCAAGAAUCCCGCAGCGGGGCGGGGACUCCCACACGAGCGUGCGUCUUUUUAAGGGGGUGGGGUGUCGGACGCGUGUUGAAAAAGGGCCGAGUGCUGCCAAAGUUUAUAUCAGAUCGAGCUCUGGUAGGUGGCCAGUAGAUACUUGGACAUUUCGACAGUGAGAACUGGCCACACACGCGAAAGGCACGCGAAAGUUUUUCGUAGCCACUUUGUUUAUUCUUCUUCAUAGUCUCGGAAUCGUUGUACAGGUCAGCACUGGCGUACCCCAAGAUCGAGAUGGAGACUACCAGCAGUAUGCCAACGACACAGCUGGUACAGGGUCAGUGCCACAUCGGACGCGCAGAGAGACGACAAGAGUGCGCGCUCUCCAACGUGACCCAGAGCCAGAGCAGGAGCAAAGUGCUGAAGAGACAGCGCUCCAACUCUCCUGAACUGCUGCGCUGCAAGAGAAGGCUCAGCUUCACUGGUCUGGGCUACAACAUCCCCCAGCAGCAACCGGUCGCCGUGGCGCGACGCAACGAGAGAGAAAGGAACCGUGUCAAGCAAGUAAACAUGGGUUUUCAAACCUUGCGUCAGCACGUCCCGAACGGUGCGGCCAACAAAAAGAUGAGCAAAGUAGAAACCUUGAGGUCAGCGGUGGAGUACAUUCGCGCUCUGCAGCAACUCCUGGACGAACACGAUGCCAUUUCGGCCGCGUUUCAGUGCGGGGUCCCCUCUCCAACCCUGUCCAACAGCUACUCCGCGGAUCCAGAGUCGCCACAUUCAUCUUACUCAUCUGACGACGGAACAUACGAGCAUUUGAGCUCCGAAGAGCAAGAGCUUCUGGACUUCACGACAUGGUUUAACAGAUACUGAUGAAGUGCAUUGCUCAUUAUCAGAAACUCAAACCGAGCGCGCAUGCAUGCGUCUUCCUGCUCAGUGGUGACAGUACAAAUGUCAGCAUCAACACAGAACCUACGAGCUUUGCAGAGCACAAGACAAGGAUUUAAGAGGUGAUGAAGUUUGUUUCGCCUCGCAACACCAUCGGCAAACCUCUCUCUCUCUCUCUCUCUCUCUCUCUCUCUCUCUCCGUUUAAUGAUGGGAUGACGGACUAAAACUCGACGUAAAAAUGUUUAAAAGUGCAAUUAUGGACUUUUCUGUUGUAUGUCACUUGCUAUCCGUUUUCAACCAGCCUGUUUUGUGGGACACUGUUUUGAUUCAAAUGCGCGCGUUCACGCGGCGCACAUGGGAAGAUGCUGCGCAUGCGCAGGUGGAAUGUUGGUGGAAUGCUAGAAUUUAGUACAGAAUUAUGAAUAUCUAGUGUCUCUGCUGAUUUAACUAGAUGCUGACCUGAACGUUUUUUUAAAAAUGGAAACUUGUACUAUAAGCUGUAUUGUUAAAAAAAAUGAAGAUUUAUUUUUGUAUGCCGAGCAAAACAACAACAAACAAUAGUACACUACAUCAAGUGACAAUGGCCAUGUUGUAAAUGAAUUAGUUGAAACAUACGUUGUUGCUUUUAACACUGAAUAGAAUGCCAUAGAACAUAUUACUGAUUAGACAUGAUGCUCCUUGCUAAUGGGCAUCGUGUAUGGAAAUAUUUUACAAUAUAUGCACUUGUUCUCUCUUUCUGUAGACUAAGAAAUUGUACAUA